UGCAAACAGAAACAGGCUUUAAUUGAAGAGAAAGAAAAAUGAAGAGCCUUCUGCCUGCACUUUUUCUUUUCAUAACAUUUUCUUCAGCAUUUCCUGCAGACCGAAAAGUGGAAAAUGAAGAAGAUAUGCAACAGGCUCAGGCUUAUCUCAACCAGUUCUACUCUCCUGGGAUAGAAGGGAGUCAUCUUGUUCAAAGUGAGAACCGGAGCCUCUUCGAAGGCAAAAUUCAGGCAAUGCAGGCAUUUUUUGGGUUGACAGUGUCUGGAAAACUGGACUCAAGCACCCUAGAGAUCAUGAAGAUGCCCCGGUGUGGGGUGCCCGACGUGGGGCAGUACGGCUACACUCUCCCGGGGUGGAAGGAGCACAGGCUCACAUACAGAAUAGUGAACUAUACUCCAGAUAUGCCACGAGCUGAUGUGGAUGAGGCCAUUCAGAAUGCUCUAGAAGUGUGGAGCAAGGUCACUCCACUAGUAUUCACCAAGAUUUCCAAGGGGAUUGCAGACAUCAUGAUUGCCUUUAGGACUGGAGUCCAUGGUUGGUGUCCUCGUUACUUUGAUGGUCCCUUGGGAGUCCUUGGUCAUGCCUUUCCUCCUGGACUGGGUCUGGGUGGUGAUACUCACUUUGAUGAUGAUGAACACUGGACCACCAAGGAUACAGAAGGGUUCAACUUAUUUCUUGUAGCUGCUCAUGAAUUUGGCCAUUCCCUGGGGCUCACUCACUCCAAUGAUCAAACAGCUUUAAUGUUCCCAAAUUACGUCUCCCUGGAUCCUAGCAAAUACCCACUUUCGCAGGACGACAUCAACGGAAUCCAGUCCAUCUACGGAAGUCCACCUAAGCCACCUGCCAAGCCAAAGGGUACCCCUAAGCCCCACACCUGUGACCCUGACUUGACUAUGGAUGCUAUCACCACCUUCCGCAGAGAAAUAAUGUUCUUUAAAGGCAGGCACUUAUGGAGGCUGUAUCAUGAUAUCGCUAGUGUUGAACUUGAAUUAAUUGCAUCAUUCUGGCCAUCUCUGCCAGCUGGUCUUCAAGCUGCAUAUGAAAGCCCCAAAGAUAAGAUUCUGGUUUUCAAAGGUAAACAUUUCUGGGCCAUCAGAGGAUAUGCUGUCUUACCAGAUUACCCCAAAUCUAUCCAUACACUUGGCUUUCCAAGACGUGUGAAAAAAAUUGAUGCAGCUGUCUGUGACCGUAGUACAAGGAAAACCUACUUCUUUGUGGGCAUUUGGUGCUGGAGGUAUGAUGAGAUGGCCCAAGCCAUGGACAGAGGGUACCCACAGAGGACAGUGAAACACUUUCCAGGAAUCGGCCUCCGCGUGGACGCUGUUUUCCAGCAUAAAGGGUUCUUCUAUUUCUUCCAUGGAUCCAAGCAAUUUGAAUAUGACGUUCAGGCAAAGAACAUUACCCGAGUGAUGAGGGCCAACACAUGGUUCCAGUGUGAAGAACCACUAAACUCCUCAUUUAAUUUUGCUAUCAAGGAAAAUGCACAUUCGGGAGGAGUAGGGAUAUUCCGUCAUCAAAAUUUAAACAUGUUUACUUUCAGCAUUGUUCAUAUUCUGAAAACAAUGUGCAACUACCAAUAA